CAAUUUAAAGUUUGAACUCCCAUAAUGCGCCUCCGAUAAUUUUCCUUCGUUCCCAAAAUGUCCUUCGACGGCGAGGCGGCUCUUCCGCCGUCAAACCGCGACUGGUUCUUCCCCUCCACCGCCCCCACUCUCCUAACUGCACCGUCCUCCUCCUCCUCGUCCUCCUCGAAAGCCCUCAAUUCUAGGCGUCCCCCGCUCUUUCCCUCCACGCGCAGGAACCCUAAGCCCUACCUCGGUCAAUCUCGGCCUCCGAUCGCCACGAAAAGCUUCCCCUCAUCCUCCUCCGCCCCUUCGUCGCGGUCUCCGUCGCCGCCUCCAACCUUUGUCGCGCGAGGGGACCCCAGGUACGCUGGGAUACGACGGAAGGUGAGCUUUGAUUCUGCGCAGACCAGCGAGAAUGCAAGAUCAGUGGGGAGAGAAGCUACCCCUGGUUUGAGGCCAUCUGCAGAUAGUUCCAGCAGAACAGUUUCCUCCAGAUCUCGGAUCAGGAAUCGGUGGUCUUUGGUGGUUUUCGUCGUGGUAGCUCUGACAUGCCUAAGUUCACUUCUUCACAAGAACUUUAUGUUACAGAAUGAGAUUUUGCAUUUACAGGAGGAGCUAUCGAUUCUUCAUUCUAAAAUUCAAUCGUGUGGUGUGUAUUCUCUGCUGGCUUUAAGAAAUAAUAUCCCAGUACAGAGUGAUGAGAAACCAAACAAAACACUCAAAACUUCAGCAAUUUUUGCUUCACUUGCUAUCAUCUCUGUAUCUCUCAUUGCUUUUAAAUACAUAGAUUAUCUUUCACGGUUAAGGGGAACAAUGAAUUCUGAAGCAGUUUCUCUCAAGAAGCAGUUAGCAUAUCGAGUUGAUGUAUUUCUAUCAGUCCACCCCUUUGCCAAGCCAUUGGUUCUACUGCUUGCAACUUUUCUGUUGAUAGGCCUUGGUGGUCUGGCUCUAUAUGGAGUGACAGAAGAUACUUUGGCAGAUUGCCUGUGGUUAUCUUGGACUUAUAUAGCUGAUUCAGGCAAUCAUGCUAAUUCUAUUGGCUUUGGCCCCAAGUUAGUUUCACUUUCUAUAAGUUUUGGUGGAAUGCUUAUAUUCGCUAUGAUGCUUGGGCUUGUCUCUGAUGCUAUCUCAGAGAAAUUUGAUUCUUUGAGGAAAGGCAGGAGUGAAGUGAUUGAGGACAGUCACACCCUUAUACUUGGUUGGAGUGACAAGUUGGGUUCCCUACUUAAUCAACUGGCUAUAGCCAAUGAAAGUUUGGGUGGUGGCUCUGUAGUUGUUAUGGCAGAACGGGACAAGGAGGAAAUGGAAUUGGAUAUUGCAAAAAUGGAAUUUGAUUUUAAGGGGACAUCCGUCAUUUGCAGAAGUGGAAGCCCUCUUAUUCUUGCUGACUUGAAGAAGGUUUCUGUCUCUAAGGCUCGUGCCAUUGUUGUCCUGGCAGAAGAUGGAAAUGCUGACCAGAGUGAUGCACGAGCAUUAAGGACAGUAUUGAGUUUAACUGGAGUCAAAGAAGGUUUGCAAGGACAUAUAGUGGUCGAACUCAGUGACCUAGAUAAUGAAGUUCUUGUAAAACUUGUUGGUGGAGAACUUGUUGAAACUGUUGUUGCCCAUGAUGUAAUUGGCCGCUUAAUGAUACAAUGUGCUCGACAACCUGGCCUUGCUCAGAUCUGGGAAGACAUUCUUGGCUUUGAAAAUUGUGAAUUUUACAUCAAAAGAUGGCCCCAGUUGGAUGGAAUGCACUUUGAGGAUGUACUUAUCAGCUUUCCAGAGGCCAUUCCGUGUGGAAUAAAAAUGGCAUCCUGUGGUGGGAAGAUCAUAUUGAACCCUGAUGAUUCAUAUAUUCUACAGCAGGGGGAUGAAGUCCUUGUAAUUGCAGAGGAUGAUGACACCUAUUCCCCAUCAAAAUUGCCUAUGGUCAAAGAGGCAGUGUACAUAGACAUUGCCCGGCCUACCAGAAAGCCACAGAAGAUUCUACUAUGUGGAUGGCGACGGGAUAUAGAUGAUAUGAUAGUGGUGUUGGAUGCUUUUCUAGCUCCAGGAUCUGAAUUAUGGAUGUUCAAUGACGUUCCUGAGAAUGAGAGAGAGAGAAAACUUACAGAUGGUGGUUUGGAUUUCAGCCGGUUGGAGAACAUAUCUUUGGUCAACCGUGAAGGAAAUGCUGUCAUCCGCCGUCACUUAGAGAGCCUUCCACUAGAAUCAUUUGAUUCUAUCUUGAUAUUGGCAGAUGAAUCUGUCGAAGACUCAGCAAUUCAAGCUGAUUCAAGAUCGCUUGCUACAUUGCUGCUAAUCAGGGAUAUUCAGGCAAAAAGGCUUCCCUAUAGUGAAGACCUAGUUUCAUACGUUUCAGGAGGAAGCUUUUCCCAUGGUACAUGGAUUGGAGAUAUGCAGCAGGCCUCAAAUAAAUCUGUCAUAAUUAGUGAGAUUCUUGAUCCCAGGACCAAAAAUUUGUUGUCCAUGUCCAAGAUAAGUGAUUAUGUUUUGUCAAAUGAACUGGUGAGCAUGGCAUUAGCAAUGGUUGCUGAAGACCGGCAAAUAAACGAUGUGCUAGAAGAACUUUUUGCUGAAGAGGGAAAUGAAAUGCAAAUACGUUCAGCUGAUCUUUAUGUUUGUGAAGAUGAAGAAAUGAAUUUCUAUGAAAUUAUUCUUCGAGCUCGACAGAGGAAAGAGAUUGUAAUCGGUUACCGCCUCGCGGAUGCCGAGAGAGCGAUCAUCAAUCCACCAGAUAAAGACAUGCGGCGGACAUGGUCAGAUAAAGAUGUCUUUGUUGUCAUAGCUGAGAAAGAAUGAAAUCAUUUUGCUUUCAGUGCAUCAAAUUGUUCUCAAAGGGAGAAAAAUAACAAGUCAGUUAGAACCAUGAUACUCAAAGCAGGAUCGAGACUGGAGGCACUUGAAACAAAGGUGUGCCAUCCACAGUGAAAUUCAAGCCAAGUGAAGAAGUGAAGUAGUUCGAGGCAUAUCUGGUUGAACGACAAAUUAGUGCUUAAACUAUUUUCGAUCGAAGAUAUUUGUUUUCCCAGCCAAAGUUGGUGGUCAUGAUGAGUGCUUAAAUUUUGUGAACUGAUCCUGUAUUUGUGAACCUAUUCAUUUUUGUAUAUUUGACUAAAAAGGGUUCUAUUAUGUAUAUAUAUAUGUAUAUUGAGAUCAAAGAAAAUUAUUGUUAUUUGUUUUUAUUU